UAUGGUACGAUUCAGUUACAACGGCUACCUGCAAAACCCACAUUUCCCCCAAAUCCCUCCACUCGAAACUGCUUCUUCAUCUUCAUCUUCUCCAAAAUAUCUUCAACAAUCGAUCACAUUCAGCAAUUAAUCAACAAAUUCAUGCUCUGAUAUUGCAAUAAUCUUCACAACGAUCAUCAGGUAGUUAAAAACAGUGAACAUGACAGAAAAAGUUUACGAAGAGCUAGAUGAUGCAAAAACCGAAAUCGAAAGGCUGAAAUCAGAAAACAUUGCGAAAGCCAAUCUAUGCGAAAACCUAAAGAGAUCGAAUAACGAUCAACUCAAAAGAAUCCAAGAACUCAAUCUGAAACUCGAGAAACAAGCUCAAGAAGUAGACUCAAAAGCUGACGAAGUUUACGCUGCAAAGCAGUCACUCACAGAACUCGAGUGUAAACUCAGAGAAAAAGAAAAAGUCAUCGUAAGUAUCACUUCUGCGAACGAUAAGCUUCGUGCUGAUUUGAAUUUAAAGCUUCGGGAAUGUGAAGCUGAGAAACAAAUGCUCGUUUCUACGUUAGAAGAGGCAAAUGUAAAGAUUUUGAACCUCGAGGACCAAAACCGUGCGCUUAUGGAUAAGAUCGAGGUUCUGAAAGAAGGGAUUGUAUCGGUUUCGCAAAAAAAGUGUGCGAGUGAAAGCAAAAUCGCUAAAGCGUCUAAACAAAUGCGAGAACAAGGCGGUAUGUUUGAAAAGUUGGAGGAAGAAAAGGCGAAACUUGAAGAAGAGCUUAAAUGGAAGAAUGAACGAUUUAAGCACUUGGAAGAAGCGCAUGAAACGGUUAGAAAUAAGCUUCGCGUAAAGGAAAAGGAGUGGGAUAUCGAGAAACGUACGUUCUUUGAUGAUAUAUCCACACUGGAAACAAAGCUAGAUUCUCAGAUUACGGUUUCUGAGGAUCUUAAAACGCGAUUAGAAUCGUGUAAACAAGCUCUUGUUCGCGAAGAGGACCGAAGAAAGAGGUUAGAGAUUCAGCUUUUGGAAUCCGAUUCGCGUUUUGCGGACGCAAAAGCCGAACUUGAUCGUUUGAUAAUCGAGAAAGAGCGUGUUUGUAUGGAGAUGGAGUGUAAAAUUCGAGAAAUGAAGGAAGAAAAUCAAGAAGCUGCUAAUUCUUCGUCUAUCAUAAAGCUUCAAAACGAGAUUAAAACGUUGGAGGAGAUUAAUAACGUCAACGAGGCGGAAUGGGCCUCUCGAAUCGAAAAAAUGGUUGCGGAAAUGAAUGAUUGCAGACGCGAGUUAGAAAGUAAAAAGACUCGUUUGAAGGAGAUUAUGGCUGACGUGGAUGAUUGUAACUCGUUGGUGUUACAAUUAACGAUGGAGAAAGAGGAAUUUGCAGUCAUGAUGGUGGCGUUGAAAUCGAUACUUUUGGAGACUAGAUCGAAGUUCGAUGAAGAAAAGCGGUUGUUGCAUAAACAGAUCGAAAGUUAUGAAGAUCAACUGGCGCGAACAAAGAGUGAGAUGAUGAGUGUAAACGAAGAACUGGAUCAGAGUUAUUGCGAGUUAAACGAGGUUGAAUUUGAGUUACAUAUAUGGAAAUCGGUUGCUGAAAAGUUAGAAACCGAUUUGGAAGUUAACCAUCAUGUGAGACGGGAAUUAGAAGCGUCCCUCUUGGCUCAAGUGGCUACUGAAGUCAACCUGAAAGAAGAAUUGAAACAGAAAGAAAUAAAAAUUAAUGAUCUUGAAAAAGAUAUUAAAGAUUUGAAAGAAGAAUGGGUGGCGAAAGAACUCGAAGCUUCGAUUCUUGCACAGUUAGAAUCCGAGAGGAUUCACGAGUGUGAAAAGCAAAACCUUAACCAGCUUGUAGAACAGAAAGAUCAAAGAAUUCAUAACCUGCAAGAGGUUAUGAGUUCGUUAGAACGCGAGUUUGAUGAUUCAACCGCUUCUUUCUCUUUGCAGCUAGCGAAAAUGCAAGCGGAGAUGAGUCUGUUUCAUGAAGCUUGGGAGAAGAUGAGGACAACAAUGGUUUUAAAGGAGAUUGAAGUACAAGAAAAGGGUUUGAUGAUCACGGAAUUGGAUAACGAUUUAGAAGCGCGAAUCCGGUUUGCGAAGAAAUGUAUGUCAAGAGUUAAGAAACUGUCGUUAGAGAAUGAGAAGUUGAUGGGUAUCAUUGAUGGCGCGUCUGAAUGGGUAAGUAAGUUAGCACGAGAAGACGGGCAGAUGAUGGGUUCUUUGAGGAGUAUAAUGUCGGGUUUCGAUGAGAAUCGGGUUAGUGGAAGUGCGUGUUUGGAGUUGAAAGACCGGUUUGAUCCGGUGAAAGAGAACAUGAAUGUGUAUCAUCAGUCUUCUCCCAAAAGGAAUGUGGUAGAAAAUAGUGUUGAUGAGAGAUCACCAUUGAGAACGAUGAAUGGGUAGGUGAGGCUGUUUGGUCAGUCAUGCAUUGUUCUUUGAAUACGAUAUGUGACUUGUAUGAAUAGUCCAUUUGUUGACAUAACAUAACCAACUGAACCAUAUAUUUCUUUGUUCAUUUUUUAUGGUUUCAUUGUUUUAAUGUAAUUUAUGUUAUUAAAAUAACUUUGUGUUUAA